AUGGAAACUAAGGACACCGAUGCCCAUACCGAUGCAAAAGUUGACUCUAUGGAAAGUAUAGGCAAUCUGAAUCAGGUUCUUUAUUCCAUCCAUUCAUCUGAUCCACAGGCGGAAAGUGACAGACCCUUAUUUGAUUGCGACAAUGCCAUUACAGGAGCUACUGAGAAGUCCAGGCAUCCUUUAGAGAUUGAGGAUUCGGCUUCACAAAGAACCGCUGAGGUAUUCACUAAUGAUGCAGAUCUGAAAGAGAAGAUUCUAAGUCCGCUGAGCUACGUCGAUACCACAGGAGUGGAUUCUCCUGAUAUUAUUAAUCUUAGCAGUGAUUUUGCACAAGCGUCUUCUCGAUCGUCGAAAAUCAAUUCCUUAGACGCUAGCGUCGAGGUUUCAGAAGUAAAUAAGGAGUUCAAUAGUGUAAAUAGUCCUCAAGCAUCGAUAUCUACCUCAGGAGGCGGGAAUGAUAACCAAGCUAUUGACCCACCUUCAACACCGAAGAGAUGCCAAGAUGGCCAGAAAUCAGUGCUCUGUAGCGUUGAGGAACCAGAAGCAAAUGUAUGUGCUACAUUACAUGGUCAGGAUUGCUUGAAGACCUGUCAUUUCGUAAAACUACAGUCCUCAGACUAUGGAGAUGGCAAUAUUGAUUCUACACAAUGUCCAAUUUCUGAGGAGGAGUCAAUACAAUCGGAUUCGUUAUUAACAGAGAGCAAUAGAAAUGUACGUCCUAACCCAGAAAACCUCACUUCCGUUCUGAAUUCUUUAACCGAAAAGGACCAUGAGCAGGACAUUUUAGCCUCUGCCUUUUCCUCCAUUGGCGAAAAGGAAGAUCCAAAUCAAAUUGCGAUCCUUCAAGCCGAAGUUGAGGAAUUGACAAAAAAAUUGCUGCGCUCUCAAGAGCAAAUGGAAAUCCUUCUGGAGGAGAAACAGCGGUGGUUAGCGGGACGCCAACAACAAACUCAGUCCUCCGCCAAGCAAAAGAUCAGUGUCUCUUCAGACACAGCUGCCAUCGUGGUCAAGUUUGCUCAGUCUGAACAACAGCGAAUAAGGGCCGAGGCAAAAGUAGAAGAGUUAGAAGCCACGAUUACUCGUUUGAAGUCACGAAGCAUCCUUACUCCCGAUUCGGCCAUCCCCAGCAAACAGUUGGAAUCUAUGGAGGAGUUUAAUAAGGCCCUCGUGGAGGCUCGCGAGCGGGCGGAGCAUUUACGGCAUGCGUUGCGACAAGAGGAGACUCGAGUAAGCGAUCUUAGCUCAAAGUUGGCUACCACUCGCGAGGCCCAUCGGAACGAGCAGAAACGCGCCGCCGGACAGGCGGAAGUAAUAAGUAAACUCAAUCGCGACAUUGAUUCCCUCAAACGACAGCUCCAAGAGGCAAACAAAGUGCGAGAGCGAGAAGCUAAACGACUGUGUGAUGAGGUUGCUCUUCACGAGACCACGGAGAAGUACAACAGGGCCCUCUCUGAAGUGGCUACUCUUCAGGAACGCAUCGCGCAAUUGGAAGAAGUGGAAAAGUUCAAGAUGGAGUUAGAGAGCAGAUAUGAGGCGUAA